AUGGGUUUUUAUGAGGAUGACUGUAGCAAUGAGUGGAGUGGCUUUGAAGUAAAAAAGAAGCUGGUCCUACACAAUGUCACCCGUGUUGUGUUCUCACCGCCCUCACAGUUUAACCAGAAUCAGUUCAUGAGGAAAUCAUCAGAUAAACCCAAACGGAAGGACAGUCUGCAAAACAAGUGCUGGGAUGAGGAAAUGUUAAGUGAAGCUUGCAGGCUUGUUCUAGAUGAAAUCACCCUUCCAGGCUCUGCCCCCGGAGGAAUGGUGGAAUUCCGAAGAACUCUCGUGAUCAGUUUCCUCUUCAAAUUCUACUUAAAUGUUUUGCAGCAGGAUCCCAGUGGAUAUCCUGACAUCUCCAAAGAAUUCCUAAGUGUCCUAGAAGAUUUUCCUUUGACCAUACCUCACAGGAUACAGUCGUACAAGUGUGUAGAUCCCCAGCAGCACCCCCAACACCCAGUUGGACGGCCCAUCAUGCAUGAGUCAGGCAUUAAACACGCCACAGGGGAAGCUGUAUUUUGUGACGACAUGCCUGCUUUACCAGAAGAACUCUUCCUGGCUGUGGUAACCAGCACCAGGCCGUAUGCCAAACUCGAUUCCACUGAUGCCUCUGAGGCGCUCACAUUGCCUAGUGUGGUGGAUGUGGUAACGGCCCAGGAUGUGCCAGGUGACAAUGGCAGCAAAGAGGAAAGACUGUAUCCACAGGACGAGGUGGUUUGUGUGGGUCAGAUUAUCUGUACUGUGGCUGCUGAUUCAUAUGUUCAUGCCAAGCAGGCCACCAAAAAGGUGAAGAUUGUGUGCCAUGAUGUGGAGCCUGCGAUUGUGAGCAUUCAGGAGAAACCAGCUAAGCACCCCCUGAAUGGAGUGUCCUUUUCUCAGGGCUUUUCUGCACUUUUUGCCACUUUCCAAGGGGAAGUGCACUUUCGAGGACAGGAACAUUUUUAUAUGGAAACUCAAAGGGUUCUUGUGGUUCCAAAGGCAGAGGAUAAAGAAAUGGAUGUAUAUGUGUCAAGCCAGGAUGCAGCAUUUACACAGAUUGGCUUUAUGAACAAUGGGAAAAUUGAGGCUGCAGACAUUGAAUAUCACAUCAAACGAGGCUGCACAUCAGAUGACUCUGAACUGGUUAGGGAGUUAAAUGUGUACAAAACAAUUGAUAGGACAAUUCAUAAGCAAGAAUUUGGUCCCAAGAAUUUGAUAAGAUGCUGGGAGAAAUGCAUGGAAAAUUCUUCCUACCACCUCAGGAAAAAGGCUGCAGAGGAAUUUAACCGGCAGGAUUAUUGGAAGAAAAGAGGAAUUGCCAUUAUCCCCAUGAAAUUCUCAGCUGGAUAUCCAGAGACAUUUUAUUAUCAGGUGGCAAGCCGUGAAUUGAAGAUACCCAUGUCUUACAUACACCGUGGCGAGACGAACACUGUGACAGUGCCCAACACGAUUGCCACCUCAGCAUCCACAAGUGCAGACAUCAAUGGAAAAGCUGUGCAGAACCCCUGUCAGACCCUGAGGAGAUGCCUGGAACCCAUCAUCAGCCGGAGUCCUCAUGGUUCCUGGGAAGACUGGAUAUGCACAAAACUGUGUAAUGAAGAAGAAUUCCAGCCCUUCGACCCAUCCCAGGAGCCUAUAUUCCCUCCUGAGCUGAUAAGAAUGGCAGAAGAUCCCAACAAGAGAAGGCUGACAUUCCAAGGGGAGAGAACCACCUGGAUCAUGCCUGUGACCCUGGACAACGUUCUGGAGCUGAAAGCCAGUUUCCCCAAAGCCCCCCUGAUCAUGGGGAAUACUGCAGUGGGACCCAGCAUAAAAUUCAAAGAUGCAUUCUAUCCAGUUUUCAUAUCCCCACUUGAGCUUCCAGAACUACAUUUUGUGGACACCGCAGACAAUGGGGUGACUAUAGGUGCAGGAUACAGCCUGGCCCAGUUGAAUGAUGCCUUACUCUUUACUGUUUCGGAGCAACCAAAGGAGAAGACUAAGACCUAUCAUGCCCUCCUGAAGCAUCUGAGGACAUUUGCAGGAGCCCAGAUUAGGAAUAUGGUGGCUACAGCUCUAGUCCACAUCUAUCUAGAUGGCUCUGUCUUGGUGACUCAUGGUGGCUGCGAACUGGGACAAGGCCUUUACACCAAAAUGAUUCAGGUGAGCACAAUCACCGUGCCCAACGCCUUCUUCACAGCAGGGUCAAUGUUGACAGACACCAACGGGAAGGCCGUGCAGAAUGCCUGCCAAAUUCUCAUGGCCCACCUUCAGCCUGUCAUCAGGAAAAAUCCUCAGGGGAAAUGGGAGGACUGGCUCCUGAGAACUGACAUAUUCAUGGAUGCUGCCUUCAGCAAACACCCAGCCCUUGACAUUGGACAGAUUGAGGGAGCAUUUAUCCAAGGCGUGGGACUUUAUACCCUAGAAGAACUGAAAUACUCCCCAGAAGGUGUGCUUUAUUCUCGGCGUCCAGAUGACUACAAAAUCCCCACUGUCACUGCAAUUCCAGAAGAGAUCUAUGUCACUUUGGUGCGUUCCCGAAACCCCAUAGCCAUCUACUCAUCAAAGACUCAAGUCUUAUUCAUGCUGCCCUCCCCGCCCCCUCCCUCAAAUGAGAACUUGCUUUCAAUGAAGAAAGCAGACAAUGCCAAGAUAAACAGUAUCCAUGUAGGUAGUGAUGAGCAGUAUGGGAAAAAUGAAGCAGGGUGGGAGAAUAGUGACGGGGGUGCUGCUUUGGACUGGGUGAUCAGGCAAGAGCUCACACCCAACCCUCGAAUGUCAGAAAAAGCAAGAAGAGGUAUGGAGUGUGGGUUGAGUACAGAGCUGGCUUUGAAGCCGGGAUUAGUGGGAGGUAGAGGAGGUGUGAGAGGCUGGUGCCAAAGAGCAUUCUCACCUAGAGAUGUAUGGCAAAACUUACCUACGGGUACAAUACCUUGCUCCAAGAGAUCAGAUGAGUUGGUUUUCUUUGUGAACGGGAGGAAGGUGAUAGAGAGGAAUGCGGAACCAGAAGGGACUCUGCUGAACCUCCUGCGAAAGAACUUACGCCUCACAGGAACCAAGUAUGCCUGCGGACGAGGAGGCUGAGGAGCGUGCACCGUGAUGGUAUCCAGGCCCGAUCCCAUGUCCAAGAAGAUAAGACACUUCUCCAUCACUGCCUGCCUGGUGCCCAUCUGCUCUCUAUAUGGAGCUGCUGUCACCACCGUGGAAGGUGUUGGAAGCAUCAAAACUAGGAUUCACCCCGUGCAGGAGAGAAUCGCCAAGAGUCAUGGCACCCAGUGUGGAUUCUGUACCCCUGGGAUGGUGAUAUCCAUGUACACGCUCCUGAGGAACCACCCAGAGCCUUCAGAGGAGCAGCUCAUGGAAGCCCUGGGGGGCAACCUAUGCCGCUGCACUGGGUAUCGGCCAAUUCUUGCAAGUGGAAGAACCUUCUGCAUGGAGUCAAAUGGCUGUCAACAGAAAGGAACAGAAGAAUGCUGCUUGGACCAGGGAGAAAAUGAUUCUUCUCCACUCGGCAGGAAAAGUGAGAUGUGCAGUGAAUUAUUUGCAAAAGAGGAGUUCCAGCCCUUGGACCCUACCCAGGAGCUCAUAUUUCCCCCAGAACUCUUGAGAAUGGCGGAGAACCCAGAAAAAGGCACUCUUACUUUUCAUGGAGAGAGGGUUACCUGGAUCUCCCCUGCAACCCUCAAGGAUCUCCUGGUGCUGAAAGCGAAAUACCCCGAAGCCCCUCUUAUCCUGGGCAACACCUCACUGGGACCUGCCAUGAAAUCUCAAGAGCAUUUUUACCCAGUUUUCCUCUCUCCUGUUAGAAUUUCUGAGCUGUGUGUGGUGUCUGAAACAAGUGAUGGACUGACAGUAGGUGCUGGCUGCAGCCUGGCCCAGGUGAAGGACGUCUUGGCUGAGAUGGUUUCCAAACUCCCAGAGGAGAAAACUCAGACAUACCUAGCCCUCCUGAAACAUCUGAAGAGUCUAGGGGGGCAGCAGAUCCAGAAUAUGGCAUCCUUAGGGGGACAUGUUAUAAGCCGGCAUUACUACUCAGAUCUGAAUCCAAUUCUGGCUGUGGGCAAUGCUACUCUCAAUCUGAUAUCAGAAGAAGGAAUGCGGCAGAUUCCUCUGAAUGAAGAUUUUCUUGCUGGGUUGGCAAGUGCAGACCUUAAGCCACAGGAAAUUUUGGCAUCUGUUCAUAUCCCUCACUCUCACAAGUGGGAAUUUGUGUCAGCCUUCCGACAGGCCGAGUGCCAGCAAAAUGCCUUGCCCAAUGUGAACGCUGGCAUGAGAGUUCUCUUUGAAGAAGGCACAGACACCAUUGCGGACCUAAGCCUUGCCUACGGAGGGGUAGGGGCUGCCACAAUCAGCGCACACCGGUCCUGCCAGCAGCUCCUAGGGAGGCGCUGGAAUGAGCUGAUGCUGGAUGAGGCUUGCAGGCUGCUUCUGGAGGAAGUCUCUCUCCCAGGCUCGGCUCCAGGUGGGAGGGUAGAAUUCAAGAGGACUCUGGUUGUCAGCUUCCUGUUCAAGUUCUACCUGCAAGUUUUGCAGGAACUAAAGAAGCUAUUAAAGCUGUUCCCUGACAGCCAUCAUUAUCCUGAAAUUCCAGACUGAUUCCUAAGUGCUCUAGAAGAUUUCCCUGUCACAAUACCGCAGGGAGUCCAGACAUACCAGAGUGUCGAUUCUCACCAACCUCUCCAAGAUCCAGUUGGACGCCCCAUCAUGCACCUAUCAGGUCUUAAACAUGCCACAGGGGAAGCCAUAUUCUGUGAUGACAUUCCUGUGGUGGACAAAGAACUUGUCAUGGCUUUGAUGACCAGUACCAGGGCUCAUGCAAAAAUCAUAUCAAUUGAUUCAUCUGAGGCCCUUGAACUACCAGGGGUAGUUGAUGUGAUCACAGCUGAGGAUAUUCCAGGCACCAAUGGUGCCGAAGAUGACAAAUUAUUGGCUGUAGAUGAGGUACUUUGCGUGGGCCAGCUUAUCUGUGCUGUGGUUGCAGAGACUGAGGUACAGGUGAAGCAAGCAAUUGAAAAGGUAAAGAUCACCUAUGAAGAUCUGGAGCCUGUAAUCUUCUCUAUCUAGAUAAGUAGGGAUGCCAUAAAACAGAAUUCAUUCCUAUGCCCUGAAAAAAAACUUGAGCAAGGAAACAUUGAGGAGGCAUUUGAAAAAGUUGAUCAAAUUGUUGAAGGGGAGGUGCAUGUUGGAGGACAGGAACAUUUUUACAUGGAAACACAAAGAGUGCUUGUUAUUCCAAAGGCAGAGGACAAAGAACUGGACAUUUAUGUGUCAACACAGGAUCCAGCCCAUGUGCAGUAAACAGUGUCCUCCACUCUAAGCAUCCCCAUCAACAGGAUCACCUGUCACGUAAAACGAGUUGGUGGGGGUUUUGGAGGGAAAGUGGGAAGACCGGCUGUACUUGGGGCUAUUGCAGCUGUGGGUGCUGUAAAAACUGGUCUCCCCGUUCGUCUUGUUCUUGAUCGUGAAGAUGAUAUGUUAAUAACUGGGGGAAGGCACCCAUUAUUUGGAAAAUAUAAAGUGGGCUUCAUGAACAGUGGGCGAAUCAAAGCUCUGGACAUUGAGUGCUACAUUAACGGAGGAUGCGUGCUGGAUGCCUCGGAGCUGGUAACAGAAUUUCUUAUAUUAAAGCUGGAAAAUGCAUAUAAAAUCCGCAACCUCAGGUUCCGGGGCCGAGCAUGCAUGACCAGUUUACCAUCCAAUACAGCCUUCCGUGGAUUCGGCUUCCCACAGGGAGCCCUGGUAACAGAAUCUUGCAUCACAGCUGUGGCAGCCAGAUGUGGCCUUCUGCCAGAAAAGAUUAGAGAGAAAAACAUGUACAGAACAAUUGAUAAAACCAUCUACAAACAAGCGUUCAGCCCUGAGACUCUGAUCAGAUGUUGGAAGGAAUGUCUGGACAAGUCUUCCUUUCACAGCAGGAGGCAAGUGGAAGAGUUCAAUAAGAAGAAUUACUGGAAGAAGAAAGGCAUUGCUGUUAUCCCCAUGAAGUUUUCAGUCGGCUUUGCUGCAACAAGUUACCAUCAGGCAGCUGCACUCGUUCACAUCUACACAGAUGGGUCCGUGUUGGUCACACAUGGAGGGAAUGAACUGGGACAAGGUAUUCACACCAAAAUGUUACAGGUGGCCAGUCGUGAAUUAAAAAUACCCAUGUCUUAUAUGCACGUCUGUGAAACCAGUACAGAAACAGUGCCUAAUACAAUCGCUACAGCAGCCUCCGUCGGUUCAGAUGUCAAUGGUAAAGCUGUGCAGAAUGCUUGUCAGAUCCUUCUGAAACGCCUUGAGCCCAUCAUGAAGAAAAAUCCAGAAGGUACAUGGGAAGACUGGAUAGAAGCUGCAUUUGAACAAAGAAUCAGUCUUUCAGCCACUGGAUAUUUCAGGGGCUACAAGGCCUUCAUGGACUGGGAGAAAGGGGAGGGAGACCCGUUUCCUUACUAUGUCUACGGAGCAGCCUGUUCUGAGGUCGAAAUUGACUGCCUGACUGGAGCUCACAAGAAAAUCAGAACAGACAUCGUCAUGGAUGCAUGUUACAGCCUAAAUCCAGCCAUUGAUAUUGGACAGAUUGAAGGUGCAUUUAUUCAGGGAAUGGGCCUCUAUACCACCGAAGAGCUGAAAUAUUCCCCAGAAGGUGUCCUGUACUCUCAGGGCCCAGAUGAGUACAAAAUUCCAACCAUCACUGACAUCCCAGAGGAGUUCAAUGUCUCCUUGUUGCCGUCAUCACAAACCUCACUAACCCUCUAUUCAUCCAAGGGCCUUGGGGAGUCGGGGAUGUUCCUGGGGUCAUCUGUGUUCUUUGCCAUUGCUGAUGCUGUGGCCACAGCAUACAGAGAAAGAGACAUAGCCAUGGACUUCAUAGUGAGGAGCCCAGCAAUGCCAGAAUGGGUUCGAAUGGCCUGUGCAGAUCAGUUCACAGAGAUGAACCCAAGAGAUGACCCGAAAAUAUUUAAACCUUGGUCUAUCCCUAUAGCAUAACAUUGCUGUCAUUUCCUGAAAGGUAAGCUCAAUAAACUAAUAGACGAUUGUGCAAAAGAAAAAGAAAAAAAUCAGCUACUCUGGUGGUUUUCAAACUAGGAUCCCACAAAUGUUUAAAUUAUUUUUAAACCAAUAUAUCUUAUCUAACAUUUUAAUCCUUUAACACUAAACAUGAGUGGCUUUGGAUAUCGACAAAGAAAGGUCAGGAUGUUUUAACUAACACAGCAGUUUUUCUUUUAAAAUAAAAUAAAAAAAGACAAUGGAUUAGAUGGAGUAAGAUAUUUGAAAGAUCCCACUCCCUGACUCUUUUUAAGAAUCACUUACAACUUGAAUACAAAACACCAAAUUGAAAUCUAUUGAUUACUCCAUUUAGAAUUAACUAGUG